UAAAAACAAACAAUGCGCAGUUGUUGGAUUAAAUAUAUUUUCAUACAAUUUAUAACUUUGACUUAAUUCAAUGAAAAUGUGUAAACUUAAAAGUCAAUGCACAUACGUAGUACCAUGUCUCUUCUAAAGUAAAAGGAUCGCCGACAAAUUCUUAACGUGCAUAGAAAAACAAAGCAACGCUCUCCUAGUGACAAUUAAAUUUGUUAUGUUGUGUAGCGUUUUAUAAGCUAGGCACCGAGUAGUUUAGUUGUUUUUGGUUUUCAUUUUUUAACGUGCAGUGAGUAACAACCAAUUGUAAAAGCUUGUGUUGCACAUGAGUCAUAGGAUGUGUGGACCAAUCAGGAUACGCCAGCUGGGAUUCCGGGGUUUUGACAGAGUCCAACGUGUAUAAAACCAAGCGUGCGAUAAACUGAUGUAGCUACGACUAGAAUUUCUUUGAAAUUAGUACAUAUACAAAAUGAACAAUUCACUGCUAUUAGCUCUAUCCAUUCUCGUUGGAGUAAUCUGCAGCGUAUCAACUUUAAGAAAUGAUGAAUGUGAAGUAUGUAUAUCUACCGUGGAAAAAUUCGUUAACACGUUGUCCGAUGAUGUCAAAAAGGAUACCAAAAAAAUAGAAGCAGCGUUCAAAGCAUUUUGCAAAGGCACUAAAUCUAAGGAAAACAGAUUUUGUUAUUACUUGGGUGGUUUGGAAGAAUCUGCAACUGGUAUUUUAGGGGAAUUAAGUAAACCUGUAUCAUGGUCGAUGCCAGCAAAUAAAGUAUGCGAAAAACUGAAGAAAAUGGAUGCUCAAAUAUGUGAUUUGAGAUUCGAGAAGCAAAUUGACGUCGAUACCGUUGACUUGAAGACGCUCAAGGUACGCGAUUUGAAAAAGAUCUUGAGCGACUGGGACGAAACAUGCGAUGGGUGUAUAGAAAAGACAGAUUUUAUUAAGCGAAUUCAAGAACUAAAACCUAAAUAUUCUCGUAGUUCGAAAUCGGAACUCUGAAAAGUGUUCAGUGAUCUAGAUAAAUUAUAACGAGUAUGGCUAAGAUUUUGGAUAUAUUUUAUUUUACAAAAUGAUUGACUGUAUUUAACAUAUAUGUGUUUGUGGUUAAAUACAUAUAUGAGGAAAUAUCAUUUUGUAAAAAUUUCAUUUAACAGGAUUUUUGAGGCCAGAUUGACGCAUUUAUGUUUCAGUAAAUAUAAAAUUAUUUUUCUUUAAUUUAUAUAUAUAUAUAUAUAUAUUAUAUAUAUAUAAUCUAAGCAAUAACUUAGAUAUGAUUCUAUGAGAUUAGGAUACUGAGCAAUGGAAAUAUCUAAAAACAAUUAAUUUCUUUUUUAGUGUAGCCAUGCUAGUAAGUAUUAAAUAUUAUAAGAAGGUGCUCCGUUUUUUAUCGUACCAAUGCUAGACAAGUAUAAAUAAUUGAAAUUUUUCAUACUAUAAAUUAUUUUUAUGGUUUUAUCUUUCAUUGCUCUUCCUCGAAUAUUCUGAUGACAGUGAGUUUAUACAUGUAUGAAUCCUAUUUAUACCAAAAUGCAGUGUACUAUAUCAACAGAUGUGUAUAUGUGGUGGACUAUUAAUAAUGCGUUGUUAUAUAUCA